UCUCUCUCCCGGGGCUCACGUAUAUAUGCAACGACGAACAAUGAUUGAGCUCGAAUUUUCAAACUCAAACGCGACCCGGUACGACCCAGAAUCUGACCGGAACCAGGAGCCAGGCACGCGGGGGAGCGAUGAGGACUAGCUGCAAUGGAUGCCGAGUGCUGAGGAAAGCUUGCGGCGGCGACGACUGCCCCAUCAGGCCUUGCCUCCGCUGGAUCAACACCUCCCCCUCCCAAUCCAACGCCACCCUCUUCCUCGCCAAGUUCUACGGCCGCGCCGGCCUCCUCCAUCUCCUCCUCUCCGGCCCCGCCCACCUCCGCCCCUCGAUCUUCAAGUCUCUGCUAUACGAAGCGUGCGGGCGGAUCGUCAACCCCAUCUACGGCUCCGCCGGCUUGCUCUGGUCCGGCAGCUGGCACCUCUGCCAGGCCGCCGUCGACGCCGUCCUCGCCGGCGCCCCCAUCCAGCGAGUCUCUUCCGAGUCCGCCGCCGGCUGCUCCGCCCCGCCGCUCGAAGCCAGCGACAUCCGCCACGUGCCCAGGACGAAGCCCUCGGCGGUUGAUUCCGAUCGGCUCCGCAACGUCAGGUCUCGGCGCCGGUUCAAGCGGCCGGCUUCGAAGACGAGGCGCGAGGAAGCAGCGGGAGCUCGCCGAGAGCGAGACGAGGGGGACGAGCCAGCGAGCUGCGACUCGAGAGGGAGUCAGGGGUCGGCUGCUGACAAAGAGCCGGUGGAGGCGGAGACUGGGGAGCGAGCCGCAGAUGGCGGCGACUCCGAGCUGGAGCUGAGGUUGGGGAUGGAGCCGAGAGCUGGGAGGGCUUCCGAGGAACGACGAGAGAUCGCAGACGCGUGCGACGGCGACACGCGCGUGCUGAGCUCUGGUCAAGACGUUCGUCGUCGGCGACUUUAAACCGGAUCCCACCUGCUGCUUGCGGGUUGGAUCGUGGGUAUACAGUUGCAGUUUUGACGCGCGUAAAAAUGACGAGUGGUUUUGUCAUAUUAUUGUGUUUCUCUUUUUCUUUUUUUUUUGGUCCUUUGUACAAAGUACAAAUGAGCUUUUAUUAAUAUUGUUUUAAUGAUUUUUGUGAUAUGACGAGGUUGAUGUCA